UCAGUGAGGCAGAGCAGAAACCAUGGCGUCUGGUUCUUACUCCGAAGAUUUGACUUGUCCUGCCUGUCACACUUUCUUCACAGAUCCAGUGAAUCUUCCCUGUGGACACGCUUUCUGCAGAGGAUGUAUUCCAGACGGUGUGAGUUCACCGCUCUAUUGUCCACAGUGUGGGGAGGCUGGUCCUCCAGAGGGGGGAUGUCUGCCCACCAGCCUCAUAUUGAAAAGCCUCUCUGAGAAGGCCAAGGCUGAGGCGGCUGAGAUGUGCCCAGAGCAUGAAGAAAAGCUGAAACUGUUCUGCGUCACAGAUCAGCAGUUAGCUUGUAUCAUAUGCCGAGAUGGGGAGAAGCACGAAGGACACAAGUUCAAACCAAUCAAAGAAGCCGUCGCAUCUCUCAGGCAGGAGUUGGAGAAGGGAAUGGAGAAGUUCAGUGGUGAUAUUCUUGCUACAGAGAGCUUAGCCAAAAGUCAGAGAGAAGAAUUAACAAAAACCAAGGCAAAGUCUCAGCAGCUGACAACCCAAAUCCAAAGAGAGUUUAAGGAAAUGCACGACUUUCUGAGAAAGAGGGAAAAGGAGAUAAAGAAAGAGUUGAAAUACAAAGAGGAAGAUGCUGUUGAGAAAAUGAGCAAGAACCUAAAUGCUUUAGAAAAAGCUCUUUCUGACAGCAGAGAGCUGGAGCAAAAGCUAAAGUCUGUUCUGAAAACUGGAGAUGCAGGAAGUCUCUUAAAGAGCUGGUCUGAGGGCAACAGCAAGAUGACUCCAGAGGACGCUCUCAGGCCCAGAGCAAAAGAUCUGCAAGUGGUGAAUGACUCACUGUGUUUUGAUCCCUAUGAAAGCCACCUGCAGUUCUUUAUGUGGAAAGAGAUGCUUCAGGUGAUCAAGCCGCGGGAAGAGCUGCUCUCUCUGCAAAGCAACAGUUCAGAUAUAACUCUAUCUGAUGACGGACAGAGUUUGUUUCCCCAAAGCAAGCAGGCAGCAGUAUAUUGUUCCAGUUGUAAUGUUAAUUAUGACCGCCCCCACAAUUGUCAGUCGGGGCAGAUGCGCAUGCAUCAUUUCCAGUUUACCCCAACAGCUACUACUAUUCCUUCUUCUGAUGGAGAACUUGUCAUCCAUACAAAUCCUCAGUUCACUUCAGGGCAGCAUUACUGGGAAAUAGAUGUAGGACAUAGGGUAUUUUGGAAACUUGGAAUUAAAGAUCAUUUCCUGAAAUAUGAAAGUCAAAAAUAUGUUACCUGUAGUAAAAACAAAACCAUGGCACUCAAAUUUGCAGACGGACCUCGAAAGAUUGGUAUUUACCUAAACUGCACAUCCAAGAUGCUCUCCUUCUAUAAUGCAGACGGCAUGGCGCUUAUUCACACCAUGAGCUUGGGCUCAAUCUCCAUGCCACUGUCAGCAUAUGUUGCCAUUUACAUCAGGUCCCAAGCACCAGAUCAUAACCCCCUGAGAGUCUGCCGGUACUGAUCAACAUCAAUAUUAAAACAAGCACAUAUCCCAGGAGACACAUUACAAAAAGUUGCUUUAAAAUGUAAAAACGUGUUAUUUUAAGGAUGUGUUAGUAACUCAUAUUUAGUAAAGAUAAGAUCUAAUAAUAUAUACUUUAUUAAUCAAAGCAAUUGGAAGAUGUUUUCGUUGCAGCAGCAUGUAAAUCAAUUAUUGCACAUAAUUAGAUUACACAUAUUUUUUUCUGGUAGUCUGAUAUAUAUAUGUAGACAGAAAAAAACCCACAUGAAGCACGACAAAUUAAGCACAUCACGUGGAUUCAUAUUUCCGUUAGCAGCACACUGACUUUGGUUUAGCAACUGCAUAGACUGCUGUAUACAAUACUUAUCCUGCCUGUUUAUAUGGAGGCACUCUUAAUCGACUAUUGGAGGGCAACACUUUGUAUUUAUUUUAUUUUUCUUUCUUUUAAAAUUUUUUUUAAUGUUUUCUCAAGAUAAUUGAUGUUCAUAUUGUGUUCACUAUUUGCCAUCUGACUUUGAACUUUAGGACUUUAUUAUUUUAUUCAGAGAGUUUUACGUGAGCGAAUCAAAGAGGUUUUCAAGGUUUCAGGCAAUUCAGUUUUCAUUUUGAAAUCUUUAUUUGAAUAUGUUAUUGUUAAUACUACUGUUUUGUUGAUGUUCUAUGGAUUCUAACAAGGGUUUAACAGGGACUAAUAUAGCAUUCCUACUUUUUGGAGCGUGAUUUAUAUAACAUGAUCCUUCCAAGAUCUGUACGAUUUAUUUAAAUAUUGUUUUCAGAUUUUAAUCCCCCUUCCUCAGUUAAUUGUAUAAUGUGAUGACUUAAUACUUUUCUGAAAGAUUAUUGAUCAGCAUUUUUUAUUUUAGUUAUACUACUUCCAUGUAUUUGUUGCUCUGGUUGUGUUCUACUAUCUAUGUAUACAUUGUUAUUUCUUGAUUAUUGAUAUUGAAUUGAGUCGGGCUUGGAUGUAUCUAUGAUCCGGUGGUUAAUAAAUUCCUGAAGAUAAUA